AUGGGUAGCAAUACUCCAAAAAAGAUUUCGGGAAUGAGAAGAAGACGAACUGUUGUUAAAGUGUUGUACGAAGUUGCUGAGGAUAUCAAUUCAUCAAGAGAUUCCAAUGGGACUCAAGAGGAAAACCCAGAAUUCAAACUUUUUGACAUAGACCUUAUUUCUACUGCUACAAAUAACUUUGCUAGUGAUAAUAAGAUUGGAGAAGGUGGAUUUGGUCCUGUAUUUAAGGGAGAAUUACCUUCUGGACAACUCGUUGCAGUAAAGAGGCUCUCUAGGAAUUCUCAACAAGGCCUUGAAGAGUUUGGAAAUGAAGCUAGUUUGAUUGCAAGACUUCAACACCGAAAUCUUGUUAAACUCUUUGGAGGAUGUGUUCAUGAAGAUGAAAGAAUGCUUGUCUAUGAGUAUUUACCAAAUGAAAGCUUGAAUAAAUUCAUAUUCGAUGAAGCAAGAAAAAGACUAUUACCUUGGGCCAAGCGCUUCAACAUUAUUAUUGAUGUUGCCAAGGGUUUGGUUUAUCUACAUAAUGAUUCGAGGUUGAGAGUAGUCCAUCGAGAUCUCAAAGCAAGCAAUAUCUUAUUGGACAGUGAGAUGAUGCCCAAAAUAUCAGAUUUUGGUCUAGCAAAAAUUUUAGAAGGAGAAAAUAUGUUAGAGGAACCAUCUGUGAGGGUUAAUGGAACACAUGGUUACAUGUCUCCAGAGUAUGUCUUGCACAACCAAAUUUCAACCAAGUUAGAUGUUUUUAGCUUUGGCGUUUUGGUGUUAGAGACAAUAAGUGGCGUGAGGAAUUGGGGAUUUCUACACCCUGACCAUGAUUUGAACCUUUUGGGACAUGUAUGGAAGCUGUGGAGGGAUGGGAGGGCCUUGGAAGUUGUGGAUCCUGUAUUGGAAGAUGACUCGAUCUCCGAAACUGAAAUUCUGAGAUGCAUCCAAGUGGGGUUGUUAUGCGCGCAACAUCGCUAUGAGGUGUGUGAUGAGGAAGGAUUAUUCCCAGUUGCCUUUGCUGUUGUUGAUGCCGAGAAUGCAUCUAAUUGGGAGUGGUUUUUGCGUCAAUUAGUCAAAGUUGUAGAUGGUAGUAAGACGUUGACGUUUGUGUCUGAUUGCAAUGCCGGUUUACUCCACACGAUGCCUAUUGUCUUCCCGACAGCACACUACGCAUUCUGUUUGUUACAUCUUCAAACGAACUUGAGAGAUCGUAUGAAAUACGUAAACGCUGAACGAAAACUCGGGCUUACACGCAAGUUACGAGAAUGUACCUAUGCACCCGUAGUGGUUUCAUUCAACCACAACAUUGAGCUAUUGAAACAAUGUAACCCAACUGUUGUUGGUAAUUUUUAA